AUGCGUGUGUUGCAGCUGCUGGAUAUUCACAAGUGCCCGUUCAAGAGGAGAAGCUGCGUGGAGGCGAUUGCGGCGCUGCACACGGCUUUGCAUGAGCUGGAGCGUCGGGUGUUCUUAUUCGGGCCGAACUACGGCAAGAUAACCCCCAAAAGGCUCUUCAGCUUCGCCACUGAAGAACCUCCAAUGCCCCUCCCCCCUUCUCUACCCGAAACGAGACACUCGCUACCGCUGCAACCAGCAGCCAAUCCCACAGACCGCCGCCUCGAGCCGCUGCCUGCGGUGCUGCGGCAUCACGCCCUGCUGCUGAAAGAAGCAGCAAAAGAAACGCUUCAAGGGCACAGAGAGAGCGAAGACUCCGACAGCUUCUGCUGCGGCAGCAUCAUUGACGAAGAAGAGAUACACGAUACCAAACGCAUCACUAUACGCGUAGAGAGCGGCAAACAGCAACAGCAGCAGCAGCAGCAGCAGCAGCAGCAGAAGGUUUAUGUCCUUGAGGACCUUCAGCUCUAA